UCCUUUUUUGCUGACACCGUCCGGACCUAACGAAAAUCCCAACUUUCUCAGAUCGAUCGGGCACACAUGAGGGCGAAAUUUUGAGUGACGUUGGCAGUAAAUCUUGAAAUAAAUAUUUUCUCGCCACGAUCGCACUGAUUCUCUUUUACAACAUGGCGUCCGGGUUUCUCUAGCAUGCAGUAAACGCAAUAAAUCAUAGGUAGGAGUAUUAUUCGGCCGACAGAAGAACGUUUUCUGCGUGGUUCUCUCGCCGCGGCUAUGGCCGCCAUUUUGCAUAAUAAUGAGUAAACUGAUACCUCCAAUUUUAGUUAUGACCCUAGCUGUUGGAAGCAAACUAAAAAUAAUGUUACCCACAGGACACGCAAGAAGACACCAGGUCGAUAGCCGUUGGUCUUGGCUCGUCUGCUUCGCUGCAGUGAUAACUGAAGGAUUCUUCUUAAGUUUUACGAACUCUUUUGCUGUUGUGCUGCCCGUCUUCAUGCAGGAAUAUAACGAGACACGGCAGAGAGUCGCUUGGAUGGGGUCAGCGGCCUGGGCUUUAAGUUUCGCGGGCUUACCAGUCUCUGCCCCGCUGUGCGCGCGUUUUGGGUGUCGUACUAUCGCCACCGUGGGGGUCCUGACAUGCGCACUAGCCUUGAUCGCCUCGUCUUUCGCGCGCUCCCUCAAUCUGCUGUACUUCACAUACGGGAUCUGCUAUGGCGCAGGCACCAGCUUGAUCCAUUCAUCGAACAUGAUGUUCGUCACCGCGUCCUUCAAGCGUCGGCGCGCAAUGGCUACUGGGUUCGUUGCUGCGGGGCCGUCGCUGUUCAUUCAAGGGACUGGUCCGAUGACAGAGUAUGUGACGUCAGAGCUUGGGUGGCGCGUCAUGUAUCGGAUUUUAUCUGCUUCGUCAGUGAUCUUGCUAUUUUUAGUUGCAUUCAGUUACAAUAAUGCGAGUGUACACAACAAACACGAAGGAACCGGAAGUGACGUCACAGUCGCCAAAAAGUGUCUGACAUCUGCUGACCGCAGUGAGGGCGUUACUGGUGAGGAAUUUGAACUAACAAAUGAAGUCGCGGAAACUAUAUCGCUUGCGCAUGGGAACUGCCCUCAAACAACCGCUGACCGCAGUGUGGGCGUGUCUGAUAGUGCAUGGUGUGCACGUUGCAUUCGUGUUGAUUGCUCGUUCUGGGCGGUUCCGUCAUACACUAUCGUCAUAUUGUGUAUCACGCUGGAAGGAUUCGGGGCUUAUACGCCAUAUUUCCAUUUGGUAAAGCACUGCGAAGAAGUCGGCCUCACGUCAAAGUCGGCUACUUCUCUUUUUAUUCACAUAGGGAUUAGCUCCUUGGUCGGUCGAUCGGUCAGCGGUCCACUUAAUGACGCGCUUCACAAAACUCCCAUGAUGCUUCACCAGCUAUCCAGUCUUUUGAUCAGCGGUUGUAUGCUGCUUAUAUGGCUAGCGCAUGAUUACGUCACGUUCUCUGUGUUCGCCGUUCUGUAUGGUUUCGGGAAUGGCGUUGGCUUGACAACUAUGUUUCUGCUGUUGCUCAAUACAGUAAAGCCGUGUCAUCGAGCGCUCGCGUUCGGUAUCGGGGAAUUUCUUCACUCUAUUGGUUGCAUGCUUGGUCCAGGCUUCGUGGGUCUUGUUGCAGACAAAGCAAAUUCGUACAUACCAGCUUUCUACAUGUCUGGAGGAAUAGUUCUGUUUGCAGCACUUAUCCCGAUACCUCUUUGCUUCCGCAAGAAGGUACAAACGAACGAGGAGAUUGCGCCGAAAUUGGAGCAAGUACUAAUUGAUUACAAUCAACCGCAUGGAAACACAAAAGAGACAGUUUUGUGAAGGUCGUUAAACAGAACAACAUGAGCCUAAUUCUUUGCCGUGUUAACGCUGUGUGGUGUGAACGAACUUCCACAAGUUACCACUCCACGUGAGAAAAAGCAAAUUCCUGCUAUUCACAGGGGGACGCCUUCUCAGCAAAAUUCCAUGUGACGGUGCGGACAGAGAGUUGUAACAAGCUAGUGUUGUGCGACCUUUUGAGAGAGGAGUGUGCGACUGUCUGAAUGUGAAAUUGCAAAAAAUGGUCUGUAAUUUGCGAUUGAUAAACCUCCUUCCAUUCUUAGGCCAAUACCAUCAUCUACUCGUGCAGUAAAGAGCUUUCUAUAACAAGUCUUCCUUAGUUCAAAAUCAUCUACUCGUACAGUGAUUUCUAUAACAAGUCUUCCUUAGUUCAAAACCAUCUACUCGUACAGUAAAUAGCUUUCUAUAACAAGUCUUCCUUAGUUCAUUACCAUCUACUCGUACAGUGAAGGGCUUUCUAUCACAAGUCUUCCUUAGUUCAAUACCAUCUACUCGUACAUUGAUUUCUAUAACAAGUCUUCCUUAGUUCAAUACCAUACCCUGAAGAGCUUUCUAUAACAAGUCUUCCUUAGUUCAAUACCAUACACUGAAGAGCUUUCUAUCACAAGUCUUCCUUAGUUCAAUACCAUGUCUCGUGCAGUGAAGAGCUUUCUAUAACAAGUCUUUCUUAGUUCAAUACCAUCUACUCGUAAUAAUCUGGCGGGAGGUUUUUUUAUUAUUAUGAUAAGUAAAUAAAGAAAUAAAUAAAUAAAUUGGAGUAGCUAAUCACUUUCAUUACAGCUGGGAAGCUGAAUUACGAGAGCGCAGAUUCAGACGUGGUCGAGUUGAAGGCAUAUAGGAAGGCGCCUCUAGCAGCCGACAUACAACUCAUGUCUGACCACGGAUCACAGCUAAGAUCGAAAUUGUUGGUUUUGUGGAGGGAUAAAAACCGGAGAAAAACCUUCGGAGAAAAGGCGAGACCAACUAACUCUACUCACGUCGGAACCGGGAAUCGAACCCGGAACCCAGUGGUGAGAGGCGCAGGCACUACAAAGCGACGGGAAAACCUGUGGUGAGAGGCACAGGCACUACAGAGCGACCGGGAAACCUGUGGUGAGAGGCACAGGCAGUACAGAGCGACGCUCUGCCAACUGCGCCACCUAGGCUCCCGGUGUAUUACUAUCAUCACUUUUAUAAUUGUUGAUAAGAAUUAUUGUCAAUAAAUCAAUUCACCACC